UAAACGUCACGUCAGGUCAAAUUCCCUCAAAAUUUUUUAUAAUUUUAUUUAUAACAAACAUUUUGUGCUUUGAUAUUAUUCUUGGUGCAAAAUUUCUCCCGCAGUUAUGUUUGUAUUAAUUAAAUAAUAAUGACAGAUGGACCAAAUAAUAUUGACAGUAAAGGAAUAAUAAAUCAAAAUGUAUGGGAUGGAUUUUCCAAAUGGUUUCACUGUAUUUGUGUUGUUACAUUUGAUUUAGAAUUAGGGCAAGCUCUUGAGAAUAUCUACCCAAGAGAUGUGAAAUUAUCAAAACAAGAUAUAUCGAAUAUUUGUUACCUGGCCUUUCCUGAUUCAAAUUCAGGAUGUAUGGGCGAUACAACUUUUGUUAUAAGGCUGCAGUCUAAAAGUGAGAAGAUGUUGAGAUCUGAACAUGUAACUUAUAAUAGCAAAUGUCCACCUCUAUUAAAAAUUGAUGAAUCAUACCUCUGGGGGUAUGUUUAUUUUCGACAAGUGAAGGACUUAACUUUACCAAGGGGAUAUUUCCAAAAGAGUAUUGUUAUGCUGUCUUACUUUCCAUUUAAUAAUUUGUUUAGUAAAAUAUGUAGUUAUAUUGCACCAGAAUAUUUUGAGCAUGGUGAAGAAACUCUAGAAGUUGCCUGUUAUAAUAUAGCAUUAUGGUCACCUCCUGUUGCUGGAGUUGCUCUUAGCUUACCAAUUUUAGGAUCAGUGUUUCAAACAUUUAUACCAUUAUCAGCUACAGGCAUUGGUUCUAUAAAUUCAACUCUUGCUUUAUUGGGUAAUGAAUCAAACGAGAGUCAAAAAGUAAUUCAAGUUGAUGAUCUAAAUUUAUUUGAAAUUUUACAACCUGUUUUAUCCCAUGUCCAUUUAUUAUGGGAACUUGUUAUUACUUCAGAACCUAUUGUUGUAAUGGCAUCAUCACCUACUGUUUGUUCCUCUAUGGUUUUAGCACUAACUAGGCUUAUUGCUCCCCUUCAGUACUGUGGUGAUUAUAGGCCAUAUUUUACAAUCCAUGAUAGUGAAUUUAAGCAAUAUACCAGUAAAGUACAUGGCCCUCCACCUGUCAUUUUAGGAGUGACAAAUCCAUUUUUUGCGAAAAGUUUUCAGCACUGGCCCCACACUAUUAGGCUUAAUGAUGAAACUGGGGAAACUCAAAAGUACAAAUUAAAAAAGACACAUCAGACAAAGAUGAUUGAAAGCAACAGUGGAAUAUACACUUCAUACAAACCUUUCUUACAAAAAGAUAAGAAUAUAAUAAAAAAACUUAAAGGAGGCGUAAAAAGACCUUAUGAAGCUCAGUCAAUCAUGUUAAGUAAGCAUUUAUUAGAAUUAACACAAAGUUUCAUGUUUCCACUGGAAAGGUAUAUUGCAAGUUUAUUACCUUUACAGAAGAAUAUCUCUGCAUUUAAGGCUGUGCCAACUCCCAAUCCAUUUAAUCCAGAUGAUUUCUUUGCAACUCUGGAUAAAACAGGUCCACAUUUAACCCUGAACAAAACUGGAAUUAAAGGGGACUGGAUUGGUUUGUACAGGAAAUUUUUUAGAUCUCCCAAUUUUAAAACGUGGUUUAAUGCCAGGUAUACUGAAUUAAGUUUGAAAUUGCAAGCUUUACAUGCAGAAGCUUUAUCCACAGUGGACAUUACAAAUUGGGUUAGGGGAAGGCCUGAAGUUGAAAUUGUCGAUAUGGUUAUGCGCCUCAAGAGCAAAAUUUGCAAAUGCAAUUGCGACGUCCCUGUCAGUGAUUCUGUAAAGCAACAAUUAAAUCAACGAAUGCAUGACAUUGCCACAUCACUUCCAGAAGACUUAAAAAAUAUUUUGCAAAUUUCAUGAUACUGGUUUUAAGGGUUGGACCUUACAACCCUUAAAACUGACUAUUUUUGUUUCAUUAUGAAAAUAGACGAAUUUUAUAACCAGUUGAAUUUUGUGUAAAGGAUUCAUCAGAUUAUCUAGCUACUCAAAACUAUUUUGUUAUGAUAAUUGUUAUAUUCUCAAGAACAAAACAACACUCAAGUCAUUUUUAUGGAAGAAAAUCUGUUAAAUAUUGUAUAUGUUAAAUUCGUCCAUUGAUCAAUUUUUUAUAAAUCUAUAAAUAAACAUUUAUUUUUUA